CCUAAUCCUCUUCCAUAGCAAUCAAUGGCUGCAUGGAAUGUAAAAAUAAAAAUAAAAUAAAGAUAUGUCAAAUCUACAACACACAACGGCAUGGCUGCAACAUGUUCAGCUGUAAAGUAGUGUAGAUGUGAACGUGGAAGAUCUUGUCCAGUAUGGUCCUCGUUUGAAUGCCAGCUAUUGGUUAGCUUUUGAUGACAACAGUGUGGUCUUCCUGUGUGGUUUAAUUAUCCGGCUUUCUACAUCUGAUCCUUUGAACCAAAGCUUCCCCCGACUUUCUAAGACUUUUUUCUAUAGGCACGCGUCCCCGAUGGGUGGGGCGGGGGCUGCAGGCCUCUUGUAUUGUGCCCACCCUCCCGAAACGGCCAAUCAGAGAGUGAGCGUGUGCCGGGCUCUGCAGUAUAAAAUGCAGGCAGAUUCUCCACCAAACACUCCUCUCUGGACUUCUUUUUGGAACCACAUCGGCUGAACUGAAAUCUCAAAAACGUCGCCAUGCAGUCUCCUGGGAAAUCUCUGAAGGAAGCUCUGCUCUGCGCUCAGAGCGAGCAGCGACUCACCGCCGGAGUCUACGAGAGCGCCAAGAUCAUGACUGAUGACCCGGACAGCGUGUCUUUCUGCGUCCUGGCCAUGGACGAGGAGUUCCAGUGCGACAUCGCCCUGCAGAUCCACUUCACCCUCAUCCAGUCCUUCUGCUUCGACAACGACAUCAGCAUCGUCCGAGUGAGCGACGUGCAGCGUCUGGCCGAGAUCGCCGGGCGACAAGGGCGGAACGCCUCGAAGAGCCACUGCGUCCUCAUCACGAACCCAGCUGACGGGUCUUGGGAGGACCCUGCUCUGGAGAAGCUGCACCUGUUCUGCGAGGAGAGCCGGCGUCUGAACGACUGGGUUCCUGAGAUCAGCCUCCCCGAGCGUUGAUCGGCCCCCCCCCCUCGGCUGAUCUUUGUUUUUUGCUCAGAUGCUGUAAAGCUUCUCAUCUGGAAAUACUCAUCCUGAUGAACAGGACGAGUCUGUUUCUACCCAUCCCUGGACACUCCUGAGGAGGAU